AUGGCUGUGCUCACGCGGGCCGCCUCCAAGACCAGUGGCGGACAGUCGAAGCCGGCACGGAUGCAAACGCAGAUCCAGAUCCAGAUGCCUCCACGGCCACCACGGCGACAGGACAACGCCAGGCGGUCGAUCCGGUCGCGGUGUCCGACGCCGUAUCCGCAGGACGUGCCGCCGGUGCAGGCGAGCAUCGAGACGGACGUGGAUGACGAAGAGAAGCAGCAGGCCACGACAGCGAUGCUGGCGAACAGGCACGACGCCAGCCGGGCCAAGAGCAAGAGCAUGCCGGCGGACGAGAACGUGACGAUGGCACCCACUCACCGGCGGAGCCGCCGCAGCUGCCGCAGCCACGAUGGCCACGACGGCCUCAACAAAAACGCCGCGCUGACGCGCCGGCGGUCCAAGGUGGCCAGGAGGACGCAGCCGGAGAGCCAGGAGUGGCAGGACAAGACAGUGCUGCGAAGCAGAGGAGCAGCCCUGUUUGCGAGGCCGGGUCUCCUGCCGGGCAGCGUGGUCGGCGGGCCGGUGCUGCGGGCGUCGGUUUGA